AUGGGUCACAGAGGUUCCUGGACGCGAAAAGACCGACCGUCAGCGGCCCGCAAAGAAACACAGGAUGUCAACACCGAGCUCAGUAAGGCUCUGCCUAUGGCCAAGGAUCCCGAGUUCUUGGGGCCAAAUGAAUGUUUCUGGUGCGAGAUCGACUGCAAGACUCCUGAAGCGCUUCGAAGCCACUUGAUCUCCAAUGUGCACCAAGUGGGCUUCACCCUCUGCCCAUUCUGCGGCGACCGAUUCACCAAGGCCAGCAUCCUCAUGGGCCACCUCGAGAACGGACACUGUGCUGGUGCUCCCGGCCUGAAUCACCACAGCAUCCUUUGUUUGUUGAAGGAUAUCGGCACCCCGGGCCAGCUACUUAGAUGGACACCUUAUUGGGUUCAAUGGAUUGAGGAAGACACGAGCAAGCCGGGCGAGGAUCCAAGUCACCGGUGCUUUAUAUGCUUCCGGCUCUUCGAGACACGCCACGACCUGGAAUGGCAUACGAGAUUCCCCCUGUCGAAUCCGAGUCGCUCUCCUCUGAGACAGUACCAGUGCCCAGACAGCUCUGGUUGGUGCCGGAAGACUUUCCAUAGCCUGACGGAUCUCUUCAAACAUCUGGAGAGUCAUGCUUGCGACACCAUGAGCUUUGAGGAUCUCCAGAUGAUCCAGGCUGAUCUAACUCGCGCCUUUUGGGGAUGGGGGACCCGUCAGCUGUGGUAG